UGCUGCCUGGCCCGGGCCUAUUUAGCUCUCAGGCGACACCGGAGGAAGCCCCGAAGCCAGGCAGGUUGGGUGCCUCCCUGAGCCCCGGGGAGGUCGCACUCAGUGACCGGCUUCCCUAGUCCUGUGCCACGCGACAAGCAGAGAGACAUGAAUUACUCACGGUUCCUCACGGCAACCAGCCUUUCCAGAAAGCCUUCCCCCAUCAGAGGAACAGUUGAGAUAAUGAGCAAGGCACCAAAAACCCUCAUCUCUCUGGCUCCUGGAUCUCCAAACCCGGGCUUGUUCCCUUUUAAGGAGGCUACUUUCACUGUGGAAAAUGGAAACACCAUCCAAUUUGAAGGAGAUGUGAUCCGAAGAGCCCUCCAGUACUCUCCAAGCUAUGGAAUUCCAGAACUUUUGUCCUGGCUGAAACAGUUUCAAAUAAAAUUGCAUAAUCCUCCGACGGUCCACUACCCACCCAAUCAAGGACAGAUGGAUCUCUGCAUCACAUCCGGCUGCCAGGAUGGUCUCUGUAAGGUGUUUGAAAUGCUCAUCAAUCCUGGAGACACUAUCCUCGUAAACGAACCUUUGUUUACAGGAACCCUUUAUGCUAUGAAACCUUUGGGUGGCAACAUUAUUAAUGUCCCCAGUGAUGAGCAUGGGAUUAUUCCAAAGGAGCUCAAAAGAAUACUUUCCCAGUGGAAACCAGAAGAUUCCAAGGAUCCCAUGAAAAAGACUCCAAAAUUUCUCUAUACUGUCCCAAAUGGCAACAACCCUACAGGCUACUCAUUGACAGGUGACCGCAAGAAGGAAAUCUAUGAGCUUGCAAGGAAAUAUGAUUUCCUCAUAAUAGAAGAUGAUCCUUACUAUUUUCUCCAGUUCAACAAGCCCUGGGUACCAACCUUUCUCUCCAUGGAUGUCGAUGGGCGUGUGAUCAGAGCUGACACCUUCUCCAAGAUCAUCUCCUCUGGGUUGAGAGUAGGGUUUAUGACCGGCCCCAAGUCCUUGAUAGAGAGGAUUGUUUUACAUACACAAGUUUCAACACUACAUCCCUGCACUUUCUCACAGCUAAUGAUAUCACAGCUUCUGUACCAAUGGGGAGAAGAGGGCUUCUUCGCUCAUGUUGACAGAAUCAUUGACUUCUACAAGGACCAGCGAAGGGCAAUAUUAGCAGCUGCAGACAAGUGGUUAAGUGGUUUGGCCGAGUGGCACGUUCCCAAAGCUGGGAUGUUCCUGUGGAUUAAAGUAAAGGGAAUCCCCGAUACAAAACAACUGAUUGAAGAAAAGGCUAUCGAAAAAGAGGUCUUAUUUGUUCCUGGAAAUGGUUUCUUCAUCAACACCUCAGCCCCAACUUCCUUCUUCAGAGCAUCCUUCUCUCUGGCUAGUCCAGAGCAGAUGGAUAUAGCCUUCAAGAGACUGGCCCAACUCAUAAAAGAGUCCACAUGAAGAAAUCAAGCUAAGCGUUAUACUCAUGAUUUUUAUGUAAGUUAUUCCCGUACUUUGCUGAAGAAAUGGUUGUUGCGCUUUGACUGACAGAGUGGAUCCAGUUCAUGAAAAAACACAUGUUGCCUCUGUGUGUCUGCAGCAAUUUAACUGAACAACUUUAGAGUGCCUCUCAGUCCACUGUAUUGCCAAAGUAUUUUUCUGAUCUACUUUUGCCUUUUGAUUAAUUUUCAACUCACAAAAGAUUAAAUUUUAUUGUAAAGAACGAAAUAGCUGCUUUACAAUGUCCAAUAAAUUUUUUCUUGAAAUUAA